AUGAAGUGUCCGGCGUGGCUGGUUUUCGCUCUGCUCCCGCGUUUCUUCGCCGGGAUAGUGGUCGUUCGGUCGCAGUGGACCCACGCGAAACAGGGGUUGGGACGCGAGCAGCCUCUGGUCAAGAUUCCGGACCAAGGAACGGUCGCUGGCAAGGAGGUAUCCAUAAGUCACGGUCAAAAGGUGAUACAGUAUUUGGGGAUACCCUACGCCCAACCACCGUUGGGUAAGUUACGUUUCUCCACACCUGUCACGGACCCCCUUCCUUCCUGGAACGGAAUACGAAAUGCCACGCAAUUCGCACCCUCCUGCCAACAAGUGACGAACCGACUGAAGCUGCACGAGAAGCAUUACAAGAAAUUGCUACCACCCGAUCAGCCUGACCCUGGAGUCAGCGAGGACUGCCUCUACUUAAACGUCUACGUACCAGUCGGAAAUCGACCGGACGAGGUAUGGCCAGUGAUGGUAUGGUUUCAUGGGGGUGACUUCAAUACUGGCACACCAGCAAUUUUGGACGCGUCCAUUUUUGUCAGUAAACAGAAAAUAUUAGUGGUGACGGUAGCGUAUCGCUUGAACAUCCUGGGCUUCUUCACGACGACGGACUCCGAGGCGCCAGGCAACUAUGGCAUGUUCGAUCAGAUCGCGUCUCUGGAGUGGGUGCAGAGGAAGAUCCAGCAUUUCGGUGGGUCCCCGUCCAACGUGGUGAUUUACGGGCACAGUUCCGGCGCCAUAAGCGUUGGCCUGCACCUGAUCAGUCCCCUCAGCAGAGGGAAAUUCUCAAAGGCGAUCGCGAUGAGCGGCGACGCGGUGAACUCCGUCGGUUCCCCUCAAACCGAGCUGCCCAUAGUGGACCGGAUCGUCGAGAAGUUUGGCUGUUAUCGACAUCCCACGACCGCGUUGAUGGAGUGUCUGCGUCGCGUGGACGUGGGCAUCCUGGUCCGCGAAUCGUCCGACAUAGAGACCUGGGGACCAAUAGUGGACUUUGAGACCAACAACGCCACGGAACCGUUCCUACCCGUGCAUCCUAGAGAAGCGUUAAUCGACGGUAACUUGAACACCGUCCCGUUGCUCGUGGGUUACACGAAUAACGAGCAAGCGUUGGCUUACAUGGAAUCCUUAGAGAAAGGGAACGCCGAUGGAAUGCUCUCCUCUGGCGACUUCGAGUCGCUGAUCAAGACAGAGUUCGACUCGUUGGUCCAGGACCCCGACGACAACAGCACGUGCAUGACGAAGCCGGAAAUGGUGACCGACGCGGUCCUGUUCUUCUACAAGCCACAUCCGCCGAGCAAGGACCAAGGAGUUAUUCGCGACAGAUACCUGGACUUUCAAACGGAGAGGAACUUCGCGUCUGGGUUGACUCUUCUGGCUGGCAAGGUGUCCAAAGAGAAGCAGGCUUUCGUUUACAGAUUCGACUAUCGGACCAAGGCGCAGGCGAUCAUCAAGGACGUGCCUGAAUGGGCAGGUGUCCCGCACAUGUUCGAGCUACCUUUCGUCUGGGGGCUGCCUUUCGCGGCUGGGAUUCCUGUUCAGUGGAACUUCAACGACAGGCAGAUGUCGGAGGCGAUCAUGACGAUGCUGGCCAACUUUGCCAGGACUGGAAAUCCAUCCUCCACCAUCGUCAAAUGGGAACCGUACACCGAAGAAGCGCCUGGGAUCUUGAUCAUCGACAAGAACCUCGAUAUGGGCGAUGCUAACGCGAUCGAUUACAAGGCUCUUGCUUUUUGGAACGAGUACUAUCCCAUGGUUCUUGAAGAAGCGACGAACAACUGCUGCAACAUGACCAGUCGGUCCACCGCGUGGCGAGAAGUCACUCGCACCGUUAUCUUUAGCAGUCUCGUUGUAGCCGCGGCGUUGCAGUGCCUUUAAUCGUAGUCGAUGUUUGGAGAUUGUCCUUUGGAUGUGCUCAACAAGAGGCCUCUUUUGCGCAAACGUUGUUGAAAUUCAGAUAUUUUGGUACACGAACGAACGGGGUCCUAUUGUUGUGCGAUACCGAGCAUUCGAGCCUCGAGAUUCUGUCCCGAGGACUUUUUUUAAAACGUAGCUCGUGCAAGGAUAGAGUUUGUAUUAACGUUUGAGAUACCUAGUCACGCAACUUCGACUAGGCUAGCUAAGACAGCUACUUUACACAGUUUCGAUUCUGCUUAAACCGUCUUGAUACCUGGCUUAUGUAUAUAUAUAUAUAUGUUAGACUCGCGGAAGAAUACUGCACAAAAUGGAUCACGUUUCCGACACACUGACGCGUGCAUAAAAGAGGCCUAAAUAUACAGAAUUAAUACGGAUGCACCAGCAUCGCUUAUCGAUCUACAAAAAGAAAAUAAUAAAUUAGUCGUAAAGACAACCAAAACGCUCAAAACACUUAAUGGGGAACGAAUUUCAUUGAAAGGCUGAGGAACUAGGUAGUUUAAGUUCAGGAAAUUUCUAUCUUAAUAUUACAAUAGUAACUUCAACAAUGUGUAGUUGGGAUGGAAGCCUUGAAAUCGGCCGGAAUUACGGGGUGAAUGUGUUAAUACUGUUCUAGAUCUCUGAAUGUUAGCUGUAUUAUAUUUUGGGCCAGCGUUUCUCAACGUGAGCGACAGCACACUCCUUGAGUCUUUCUCAAUGGGGGGGACACAUUAAGGGAUGGUAACAAUGUAGGUCGAAUCGCUGAAGCACUUACUUUUAAUUUUUUUAGACCUGUCACUUAUUAUUGCGAGCAAUGUUUAGACGCUAUUGUAAAUUCAAUGUACUUUGCACAUUCGUACUGUAAGACACAUAUACGUUUGGUAUGCUCUCUUUAUAUACUAUGUUUUAAAUUAUAUUAUUAACGAUUGAAUAAUAUAUAAGAUAUAAAAACGUUCGAUACACCCGAAUACAGAAACUUUUCAUAGAAACGUAACGAACACAAAGAAUGUUAUUUUCAUUAGUGAAUUGAAUAAAUAACGUUUCUGUAUUCAGUGG